CGGAGGUGCAGCUUGGGAUGCAGCGUGUCUCCUCCCUGCGGUGCAGCUAGGGGGUGUGCUUUGGGGGCAGAGAAGGUAACUAGGAGUGGGACCCAGGGUCGUGCUACGCUCUGCCUUUCCCUCGCUUCCGGGCACCAAGGCUGCACGAGCCCAAGGGUGAUUUUUUCCUUGGGCCCAACAUGAUACUAACCAAAGCCCAGUACGAGGAGAUAGCCCAGUGCCUAGUGUCUGUACCGCCCACCAGGCAGAGCCUGAGGAAGCUGAAGCAGAGGUUCCCCAGUCAAUCGCAGGCCACUCUGCUGAGCAUCUUCUCCCAGGAGUACCAGAAACAUAUUAAAAGGACACACGCCAAACAUCACACACCAGAAGCGAUUGAAAGUUAUUACCAGAGGUACCUGGAUGGUGUGGGGAAAAACGGAGCAGCCCCUGUGCUCCUCGAGCUGGCCAAUGAGGUGGACUAUGCACCCUCAUUAAUGGCUCGGAUUAUCCUGGAGAGAUUUCUUCAAGGGCAUGAACAGACUCCACCCUCCAAGUCUGUUAUCAAUAAUAUGCUACGGGACCCUUCUCAGAUUCCAGAUGGAGUUCUAGCCAACCAGGUCUAUCAGUGCAUUGUGAACGACUGCUGCUACGGACCGCUGGUGGACUGCAUCAAGCAUGCUAUUGGCUAUGAGCAUGAAGUCCUGCUGAGAGACUUGCUUCUGAAGAAAAACCUGUCCUUCCUUGAUGAAGACGAGCUCCGUGCAAAGGGCUAUGACAAAACACCAGACUUCAUUUUACAGGUACCAGUGGCUGUGGAGGGGCACAUAAUUCACUGGAUCGAAAGCAAAGCCUCAUUUGGUGAUGAAUGUAGCCACCACGCCUACCUGCAUGGCCAGUUCUGGAGCUACUGGAAUAGGUUCGGACCCGGCUUGGUCAUCUACUGGUACGGAUUUAUCCAGGAACUGGACUGCAACCGGGAAAGGGGCAUCCUGCUCAAAGCCUGCUUCCCCACGGACAUUGUCACCUUGGGCCACAGCACCGCUUGACCCCGAGGAUCCUGGAAAAGAAGCCGGAAGCAAUGCUGCUUUCCUGCAGUAUAAACUUCUGGCAACAUCUGCCCUGAACUUGAGCUGAACCCUGGCUGCUGCAGUCUCAGCCCUACCUCUCUAGACAAACAUAUCAAAAGGUUCUGUUUUCCUUCAGUCCUGGCUGAUGGGAAGAGCCGAGAACUCCGGACAUAACCCGCUCACUAUCAGCAUCUCCGUCUCUGACACACGCUUAGUUUAUAGAUAGUCAUAAUCCUGCUUCCUUCCUGAUGCGUUCUCCUUGUACACUGAGCAGAAGGAAAGGUGUGGAGACGGCAGGGUGGGGUUUUCCAGUUCUCCUCCCUGUCAUCCAGUCACUUCUUUUCCUUCUAAACCUCCUACCACCUCGCCCGCCUUUCUCUGCGUGACCGCUCUGAGACUAGGUGUUGCACUAACCAGGGAAUAUUACCUAGCACAAGCCUAGGGAAUCUGGAAACAGGAAGUCUGUUAGAAAAAGUGUGCCUUCUCAUUUGGGGCUCAGCAGAGCAGGACAGGGACUUCUGUGGAAACUUAUGGCCUCCUGACUUGUGUGGCCUCGAGCCAAGCUGCAGAAGUCCCCCUUGACGAGAACGUCCUCUGUUCAUAAAGCUUAUUCGGACCCCAAACAUUUCACUGACGUCGCCUUAGAGGAUGAGUUGCAUUGUGUAUGCAAACCGUGCUCCUUUGGCUUGCGUGAAGCCGAGUACUAAAGCUAAGCCUCCCUGUCGACAGCCGCCCUUUGUACAGGACUGCCGGCCUGUACAAUGCUGGCCACUAUUUUUAUGAGAUAUUUUUUAAAGUGUAUUCAUACAUACUGCCUUGUGUCUGCAUUUUAUACCAAAUAAUUGUGUAACACUCAAAUAAUUUAGACAUUAUAAAUAAUCAGCUUUGAAUGCAUUAAGUGUACCAGAAAAAAAAAAUCCUAGAGCAGUUUUUAAAUAAUCAAAAUAAAAGAGAUUUUGUAUUUAUUCACUUUAAUUUAUUCACUUUUAUAUACUGCAGACCAGACUUCAGUCAGAAGCAAAACAUCAAUAAAAUAAUUCUAAACCUAUCUUUUGGAAAAUUAAAAACUAAUCUGUAUUGACCCCUCCCCCAAAUUUAUUUAGUAAAAACAUCUUUGCCUCAGUGCUGGGAAAUGUGGGUUUUUGAAUGUUGAAUAGAUAUUUUUAGAAGCAAAAACAAGACUUUUGGAAACACCUUAAGCCAUACACAUUGAUGGGUUCCUUUUGUGCCUGCUCGGUGAAAAACUUGGCCCAUCGCCUUCCUGCCGAGGGCCACAAGUGUGGCAGGUCCAAGAUAGGAUGUUAAGCUCUCCCCGGAGAUUGCCGUAAAUCACAGGCGAGAAGGGUGAGCAGUAAGGAAGCAUCAGGCGGGUUCUGUGUAUGAAUCGGAUGAUUUGAGACCACGACUACGUUGCCUUUCUCCACGCGCUUUAAAGAAAGAUGUUAAAAUCUGGUUUUACGGCAUGCCCUAAGCCACUGGUUUUGUUUGUC